ACAACAGAAGCCGCUUCAGUCUCUCUGCUCUCCGUCUGUCAGCUGCUGCCUAGUUUAGACUUUUUACGCUUUAGUCUCUUUUUUGUUCCUGCUUUUAGUCUUUUAAUUUAUCUUUUAUUCGCGUGUCCGUCUGAACUCGAAGGAAGUCAAAAUGCUUUCUGCUCGCUCUCCUCUGUCCGUCAAGAACGAGAACACCGUCAGCACCCAGAUGAACAACAUGUCGCUGGACAAAGAGAACACGCCGCCGAGCCUGAACACGACCCGCAUCCUGGCGUCCAAAACCGCGCGUAAAAUCUUCGACGAGCCUGCGCCCAAAGCCGUGAAGAAGAGCAGCCGCGAGGAGCAGGAGGAGCCGCUGCUGAAGGAAAACCCUCGUCGCUUCGUCAUCUUCCCCAUCCAGUACCACGACAUCUGGCAGAUGUACAAGAAGGCCGAGGCGUCUUUCUGGACAGCAGAGGAGGUGGAUCUGUCCAAGGACCUGCAGCACUGGGAGUCUCUGAAGGACGAGGAGAGGUAUUUCAUCUCUCACGUGUUGGCGUUCUUCGCCGCCAGCGACGGCAUCGUCAACGAGAACCUGGUGGAGCGCUUCACCCAGGAGGUGCAGGUGACGGAGGCCAGGUGUUUCUACGGUUUCCAGAUCGCCAUGGAGAACAUCCACUCUGAGAUGUACAGCCUCCUGAUCGACACCUACAUCAGGGAGCCCAAAGAGAGAGAAUACCUCUUCAACGCCAUCGAGACUCUGCCGUGUGUGAAGAAGAAGGCUGACUGGGCCAUGAACUGGAUCGGCAACAAGAAGGCCAACUACGGAGAGCGUGUGGUGGCCUUCGCUGCCGUGGAGGGAAUCUUCUUCUCUGGCUCCUUCGCUGCCAUCUUCUGGCUGAAGAAGAGAGGCCUGAUGCCCGGCCUGACCUUCUCCAACGAGCUCAUCAGCAGAGACGAGGGUCUGCACUGUGACUUUGCCUGUCUGAUGUUCAAACACCUGGUGAACAAGCCGUCGGCAGAAACCGUCACCAACAUCAUCAAGAACGCCGUGCAGAUCGAGCAGGAGUUCCUGACGGAGAGUCUGCCUGUGAAGCUCAUCGGGAUGAACUGCGAGCUCAUGAAGCAGUACAUCGAGUUCGUGGCCGACAGACUGAUGCUGGAGCUCGGCUUCACCAAGAUCUACCGGGUGGAGAACCCCUUCGACUUCAUGGAGAACAUCUCUCUGGAGGGAAAGACCAACUUCUUCGAGAAGCGGGUGGGCGAGUACCAGAGGAUGGGCGUGAUGUCGGGCUCCACAGACAACACCUUCAGGCUGGACGCAGACUUCUGAGCACCUGCUGGAGACGAGCCACGCCCACUCGCCUCUCCAGACUCCGCCCUGCAGGAGGAGGCAGGUGGAGGGCUUGAAGAGAAGUGACACAGAGACAGAUGGACUUAUUUUAAUUUAUCUGAUGGCUGGGUGAAAUAAUGAGCUUCUCAGCCAGUCAGCCUGCUGCAGUCUGGAUCAGAACCAGGUUUUUAAUGACCUUACAUUUGUAAACUAACUCUAUAGGUGAUGUUUUUAUAAAUCUGCUAUAUUAGUAUGUUUUAUAACUACAUGAUGUUUUUAGGAUGUUUUGUACAGAUACUCGUUUUUUUGUAAUAAAGUGCUGAAUGUUAA